AUGGAGCUGGUGUGGCUGUAUCUGAUGCUGAUCCACGUGCAGCACGUCGCUGCCGUGACGUGGCUCUCCCUGGCCCAGCAGACUUCCCUGCAGGCAGUCCUCUGGGACCCCAGGGGCUGUGGUGGCCUGACGGGACUGGAGGAAGAGCAGGUCUCCGUUUGCCAGCAGCAGGUGGAAGCCAUGGAGGCGGCACACGGGAGUCCCCUUACAUCCAGCGCUGCCGGCACUGCUUUUGCUGUGAGCCGUGCCUGCAGCCGGGGGGAGCUGCACAGGAUCACAUCAUCUCCCAUGAUGGGCUGCGACCCCAGGGUCCGAGGAGUCAGCCCUGAAGGCGAAGGAAGAAGGGGGUGCUCUGAUAACCUGGUGUAUGGGACUGCCUUCUCUCAGGCCUUUGUGGGCAGCCCUGAGAGGAGCCAUGGUGUCUCGUCCAGCUGAGCGCUCAUGGACCUGCACAACAAUGAGGCUGGGGGGAGGGUGGCUCUCCUCCACAUGAAGGUGGAGUGCAAGUGCCAUGGCGUGUCGGGCUCUUGCCAAGUGCGAGCCUGCUGGAAGCUCCUGCCUGCCUUCCGCCACGUGGGCAACGUCCUCAAGGAAAAGCCUGAGGGGGCAGCAGAGGUUUUCCCAACACGGGUGGGUUCCCACCAGCUCGUGGUGCCCGGGAGCUCUCGCUUCAAGGCCUACACGGCUCACGGCCUGCUCUACCUGCGGGCCAGCCCGGACUUGUGCGAGCGGGACCCGGGGCACGGCACCCUCGGCACCUCGGGCCCACAGUGCGAGGGAACAUGGCCGGCCAGGGACGGCUGCGAGCAGGGCCGGCCCGGCCGAGGUGCGGGAGCGCUGCUGCUGCAAUUCCGCUGCUGCUGCCCCGUCAAGUGCAGGCAGGGCCGGCAGCCCGGGGAGGUGCCCCGGUGA